GCUUAGUAUGUUAUCAAAAUGUAUUUAUUUAUCUUUUAAAGGGAUGACAUUUUUUCCUUUUCAAAUGUUACAGUAAAACCAGGUGGAAGAGAAUAGUUUUAGCAGCUUAAAAAAAAAAAGUACAAAUCUGAGGUUUGGCCAUUAAAAGUUUUGUAACAACGGGAGAAGAAAAGACAAGUUGUUUCACAUUACAGACCUACCCCCAACCCCAAAGCCAAAUACUUUCUUACCAAGUCAAAAAAAGAGACACAUUUGAUGUACAAGCUGGAGGUUUCCACAUGAGUAAGAUAUUUGUGAAAACCUAGAUGGAGGCCGGCGGGUGGCUCACACCUGUAAUCCCAGCACUUUGGGAGGUUGAGGUGAGCAGAUUCUUGAACCCAGGAGUUCGAGACCAGCCUAGGCAACAUUUUUUUGUAGAGACCCCCUUGCCCCCAUCUCUGCCUGUGGUCCCAGCUACUAGGGAAGCUGAGGUGGGAAGAUGGCUUGAGCCUGGGAUGCAGUGAGCAGAGAUCACGCCACUGCGACCCUGUUUCAAAAACAAACCAAAAACCUAGAUGAAGCAGUGUCCUUUUCAGCCCAAGUGCCACCAGACACAGCACAAGAGACUAAAACUCAAUGGCGGGAGGCUGGAAUACAAAAUACAGUUAAAAUGUCAACCUCCUGGAGUGAUCGGUUACAGAAUGCAGCAGAUAUGCCUGCUAACAUGGAUAAGCAUGCCUUGAAAAAGUAUCGUCGAGAAGCCUAUCAUCGGGUGUUUGUGAACCGAAGUUUAGCGAUGGAAAAGAUAAAGUGUUUUGGUUUUGAUAUGGAUUAUACCCUUGCUGUGUACAAGUCCCCAGAGUAUGAGUCCCUUGGUUUUGAGCUUACUGUGGAGAGAUUAGUUUCUAUUGGCUAUCCCCAGGAGUUGCUCAGCUUUGCUUAUGAUUCUACAUUCCCUACCAGGGGACUUGUCUUUGACACACUAUAUGGAAAUCUUUUGAAAGUCGAUGCCUAUGGAAACCUCUUGGUCUGUGCACAUGGAUUUAACUUUAUAAGGGGUUCUCAGGUAGCUGUUCAGAAGAGACCAGAAACUAGAGAACAGUAUCCAAAUAAAUUUAUCCAGCGAGAUGAUACUGAAAGAUUUUACAUUCUGAACACACUAUUCAACCUACCAGAGACCUACCUGUUGGCCUGCCUAGUAGAUUUUUUUACUAAUUGUCCCAGAUAUACCAGUUGUGAAACAGGAUUUAAAGAUGGGGACCUCUUCAUGUCCUACCGGAGUAUGUUCCAGGAUGUAAGAGAUGCUGUUGACUGGGUUCAUUACAAGGGCUCCCUUAAGGAAAAGACAGUUGAAAAUCUUGAGAAGUAUGUAGUCAAAGAUGGAAAACUGCCUUUGCUUCUGAGCCGGAUGAAGGAAGUAGGGAAAGUAUUUCUUGCUACCAACAGUGACUAUAAAUAUACAGAUAAAAUUAUGACUUACCUGUUUGACUUCCCACAUGGCCCCAAGCCUGGGAGCUCCCAUCGACCAUGGCAGUCCUACUUUGACCUGAUCUUGGUGGAUGCACGGAAACCACUCUUCUUUGGAGAAGGCACAGUACUGCGUCAGGUGGAUACUAAAACUGGCAAGCUGAAAAUUGGUACCUACACAGGGCCCCUACAGCAUGGUAUCGUCUACUCAGGAGGUUCUUCUGAUACGAUCUGUGACCUGUUGGGAGCCAAGGGAAAAGACAUUUUGUAUAUUGGAGAUCACAUUUUUGGGGACAUUUUAAAAUCAAAGAAACGGCAAGGGUGGCGAACUUUUUUGGUGAUUCCUGAACUUGCACAGGAGCUGCAUGUCUGGACCGACAAGAGUUCACUUUUCGAAGAACUUCAGAGCUUGGAUAUUUUCUUGGCUGAACUCUACAAGCACCUGGACAGCAGUAGCAAUGAGCGUCCAGACAUUAGUUCCAUCCAGAGACGUAUUAAGAAAGUAACUCAUGACAUGGACAUGUGCUAUGGGAUGAUGGGAAGCCUGUUUCGCAGUGGCUCCCGGCAGACCCUUUUUGCCAGUCAAGUGAUGCGUUAUGCUGACCUCUAUGCAGCAUCUUUCAUCAACCUGCUGUAUUACCCAUUCAGCUACCUCUUCAGGGCUGCCCAUGUCUUGAUGCCUCAUGAAUCAACGGUGGAGCACACACACGUAGAUAUCAAUGAGAUGGAGUCUCCUCUUGCCACCCGGAACCGCACAUCAGUGGAUUUCAAAGACACUGACUACAAGCGGCACCAGCUGACACGGUCCAUUAGUGAGAUUAAACCUCCCAACCUCUUCCCACUGGCGCCCCAGGAAAUUACACACUGCCAUGAUGAAGAUGAUGAUGAGGAGGAGGAGGAGGAGGAGGAAUAAGGAGGAAAAGCAAAACCCCAAGCACCCAUUAAACAAGUCCUGGCAGGACUCACAGGAACAAAUGAUGUCCCUGUUAGGGUUCUACUGGGGGGAGGGAGGGGGCUCCAUGAAAGGUAUGUCUGAAAAGUUUCUGAAGAUUUUAUUAUCAUAGAUACUUGUUUUGGUUUUGUGUAUCUGUAUUCUUUGCAGAUGGUCCAAAAUUGUAAUGGAGUCUAUUAGAAGAAAAUAAGGGUAAAAUCAGGCUGAACUGCAUGUAUAUGGCUCCAUUGUGGCUUGUGACACUUUUUAAAAAUCAUCCGUAUGUCAGUGUAUCUGGAUACACGAGGAAAAGGCAAGAGUCUCAAGAGCGGAACAAAGAGUGGGAAGAGGUGAUCUGUAAUGUUACAAAUUGUGCUAUUACUCCAAGAUCCAACUUUUCCGGUGCAUUACAUGGUAUUGUAUAUCAGUGGAGAAAUGUAUUAUUUCCAUGAUCAAAUGUAGUCUCUGUUAAGGUCAAGUUUCCUUUUAUAAGCCUUUAAUUCAUCCUCAGUGACUCUGGCAAGGCUGCUUCUCUAUCACUGGCUUUGCACAGAAGUAUUCUCUACUUGCUUUAGGGCAGGAUUCUAUUUUGAGGGAAAAGACAGUAUCCUUAUUACCUUCUGUUUAAUAGCACAAAUGCUUAUUAUUUGUUAUCCAAAAACAACCUUUUUCUUAUCUGUGAUAAGUCUAUAGAAAGAAUUUAGCUGCAAGUGGACAAAGGAACAAGCCCCCAGAAAAGAAAGGGAAGGACUUCCUUUUUAUACUACAGAACAUUCGUUAGUGUGGGCUAUAUAGCUGUGGCUCAUGCUACCCAAUUCCAGAUUUCUUUAUCCUCUAGAGUUGAUUGCUGUAUAUUAAAGUUGAACAUCAGAGGAUGGGAAGAGGGCUCUGUAAGCCAGAACCUUACUAAAGUAGAGGGCACAAUCAAUCAUCAGUGUGAAUAAAUUCACUUCAGAAUCACAAGUCAAGGCCGGGCACGGUGGCUCACGCCUAUAAUCCCAGCACUUUGGGAGGCCGAGACAGGCGGAUCACCUGAGGUCGGGAGUUCGAGACCAGCCUGACCAACAUGGAGAAACCCCAUCUCUACUAAAAAUACAAAAUUAGCUGGGCGUGGUGGCACAUGCCUGUAAUCCUAGCUACUCAGGAGGCUGAGGCCGGAGAAUCACUUGAACCCAGGAGACGGAGGUUGCAGUGAGCCAAGAUUGUGCCAUUGCACUCCAGCCUGGGCAACAAGAGUGAAACUCCAUCUCAAAAAAAUAAAAUAAAUAAAAAUCCCAAUCCCAAGUCGAAAUCACUACUUGUUUUAAACAAGAAUGAAUCAUUACUGUGUAUGUUAGGGUAUUAAAUAAAACUGUUUCACCAGUACAGUGAAAGUUGUUUCAACAUCUUAAACAGUGGAUAUAGACUCUUACUUUAACCAUCGUAUAUUUUCUUCUAUUCUUGUCAUUGGUCAAUAGGGGAGGGUAGAUUAGCUGCUCCAGAAUUCAAUAAAGUGUAAUAUUUCUAA